AUGAAACGGCUAACACUGGCCCUCGCUCUGGCUGAAGUUGCGGUCUCUUUUGCCAGCCCUUUGGCAAGAGGCACGGUUUAUCCGCGUCAAUCCUUUCCCUCAGAGUUCAACCCUGACCCUCAAUCCGGAUUUGACGACCCUACCAUUGAUAUCGCCGAUCCAUCCUUCGCUACUGCCAUCCAAGCUGGAUAUCAAGGACCUUUUGCAUCAUAUGAGCAGCAUGAACUGGUUGGGCCGGUGGACCUUCUUCGGAAUGGCCAUGUGAAUUAUGGAGUCAACCCGAAUUUCACACUGCCACUGUACAGGGGAUUGUCGGCGGCAAACACCACCUAUUGGUGGAUUGUCACAGACACAUCCGACGAAGGCAAUGCAAAACAAUUGGGAGUCAACUUCGCGCCCAAGCUUCGAUUUGCGGCCCAGGGCCAGACAAGUAGCGGACUGAAGGGCGCUGAACAGCUUGAAAUCGUCAACAAUACCGUCGGUGGACGGGAGGGAAUGGUUGACUUUUCGCCAGUGAGGUCAAUUGUCCCUGGCGAUCUAUCUCCUUUUCCUCCGAAGUCCGUGCAACCCGGGAGUGUGGGGGACCGCAAGUAUACGCCACUCAUCCAGUUGACAAAUGCCGGAUAUGAAGUUUGGAAUGCACCAAUCAUUGCUGGAGAGGUGGAUGAGGAGUAUUUGAACCAGUUUUGCGACGGGAUUCCAAGCAAUCUCCUUGCGGAGUUUCGCAGCAAAGUCCACGAUCAAGUUCUCUCAAUCUGUCCUCGUGAUCAAGUCGUGACGCUAGCAACCAUUCGUGGCUUCUCAUUCUCAAAAUCCGUGCUGUAUCUGAUCGCUGAUGGAUCGGAUCCCUUACCUGCAACGCUCGAUGGUGGGACAUACGCUCCUCGCCUUGCUGCGGUGCGCACCGGUGAUGAUGAUGCAUUGUUCAGCGGCAUUGAGCGAUUCUUUGUGAACACAAACGGAUACACCAACCGUGAUUUGCCACCUGGCGCACCGAACAACGAGACACAUCACCCAUGGCGACAAGGGUUGAACAGUGCCAUCCUCGGAGAUGGGAACCCGUUGAAUAUUCUUGGAGCUAUUCCCACAGUGGCAUAUGAUUACUCUCCCCUCUGGGACUUUAAUCUAUUCACCUGGACGAAUUACAGUAUUGAAAAUGGCAUCCGAACCCGGUUGACGGGUGAAUUCGAGGUGUUGGGCAUGGCCGCUGCUGGCUAUGUAACGAAUCCUGAUGGUACACCAUUGAGCGAUGCCGGAAUUGUGAACAACUGCCCAAUUGUACAUCGAUUCCUUUAG